AAGGGCAAACAUGUCAUAUCUUCCAAUCGUAUUCGCUACUCUGUGGUUCAGCUUUGUAUUGACCUGUCCACCCCUCAUUAUACGACCAGGAGGAGGAGGAGGAAGAGGAGGAGGAGGAGGAGGUAACAAUACCCAAGGAAAAGUUGACGUUGGCGAAGGUGACGUCAUCGAGGUUACCGUGAUCAGCAACCAGAAGUUCGAUCCCGCUAUGAACGACUCACAUAUGCAAGUUUUUAGGAGCUUGUUGAAUGAUUACGUUAAAGCCAAGGGAGCAAAUUAUAACAAGGACAUGGUGCAGGAGAAGAUAAUAAAUGUAGAUGGCAACUUCGAGAUUCUCUACACUUUACAGGGUUAUGACUGCGAUGAGGUGAACAAAUUCUUGCAUGAAGCUAAAAGCAGCACAAACUUCAUCAAGGACAUCAAAGUCAAGUGUGGUGAAAGACCGUAGUUUGUCGUUGCCUGAGAAAUUUCCAGACAAUAAAUCAAUCGCAUGCAAAA